CCUAAUGAGAGAGAGAAGGGGAUAAAGAGGACUGCAAAACCAGAAGACAACUUAGUAUAACCUUCAGAGAAGAGACUCAUUAAGACAAAAGGCCAUCAUCAUGUUCACCAUUGAGAGAUUACUGAAUCUGCAACCAACCAAGAGCAGCAAGCCUCCAGCUGAGAAAUAUGUUGAUCUGACUAUUGGAGAGAAGGAAGAGAGGAGACACAAGCAAAGGUAUACCUCUUCUUGUGACAGUGCAGCAGAAUCUGAUAAAGACUCCAUCAUCAGUGAUGAUUAUUCCACUUCACCAGUGCAGUCACCCAAAGGAUCAGUCAACAUUAUCAUGAAAUCAAAGAGAAACAGGACAACAUUCACUGCCCAUCAGUUGGAUGAGCUUGAGAUGAUAUUCAGACAAACCCAUUAUCCUGAUGUACUCCUCCGGGAGAAACUAGCACAGAGAAUUGGACUGCCUGAAUCAAGAGUGCAGGUUUGGUUUCAGAAUCGUAGAGCAAAAUGGAGGAAAAGAGAGAAGCUCAUAGCUGCAGCAGAUGCACAAAUGAAAGCUUUAUCCAACAAUCACUCCAUUCACCACUCCAAUCCUUCUCCUUCUCUCUCUAUUCCACCUGCAGCAACUCCUGCUGGUCUCUAUUGGUCACCAGCAGCUAAUAGCGUCACACCAACUUGGACCUUACCCACUGCAACUCCAGGCUCCAUCAUCUCCCCAUCUCAUCUCCCUGGAGCUGCCACAUCAAGAUUAUCCCAACCACCUCCAUUAAUUCCACUCUCCUCUAUCAACAGUUGUUCUCCUACUAGCAGCACUACAGGAGGUAGUCUAUUGUCCACACUCACUAGUAACAAUAGUGCAAUACUGUCACCUCCAUUGCUACAGAGGAGGGAAGGAGGGAGCAGUAAUGGUGCUGGCGUACUGAUGGCAGCUGCUGGCGUAAACCCAUUCUCAUUAUACCUCUCAACAUUAACUCCUCAGCAAUCAAUAAUAAUCCAACAAUAAAAUAUAUAUUCAUUAUUUUUAUAUUCUUUUUAAAGUUAUAUUUUUAUCAAUAUUGAUUCUCAAUAAUAAAUCUUUUCAAAUUCAAUUUAA